CCGGUCAUAUCGAUAGCACACGUGUGCCAAGUGUUUGUUUAUAUUUUGCUGUGCACAAAUUGGUGAAACUGUUUAAAUAAUAUUUAUUAAGAUUUUGCGGAAGGCCUCAAAAUGAUGCACUACCGCAAGGCCGAGAAUGUGGAGAAGGAGCUGAGCAAGAGCGAUCUGCCAUUCGAGGACUGCAUGCCAAAGACCCAAAAGGAUUUUUUGUGGAUGCAUGUAAAAGGCGGUACCAAAGUGAGCAAUGUGGUUGAGUUCGCUCAGGCGGCGCUGAACAAGGGCGAGCACAGAUGCGUGGUGUGGAGCGGCUCCGGCGGCGGAGUGGUGAAGACCAUAUCCUGUGCCGAGGUCCUCAAACGGAGCCACCCCGUCUACCAGGUGACGCGCAUGGCCUACACCAGCGUGGAGGAGCACUGGAAGCCGCAAAUGGAAGGCCUGGAGGAGAUUAUAGUCACGCGCCAAAUACCCACCCUGCAUAUCCUCAUGAGUCUGGACGAGCUGCCGGAUACUAUAGAUGGCUUACAAAAGCCAAAUACAUCCACUGAUUUUUGGGAUGGCGGAGGAGCACAGUCACAUCCACGUUCCCAGCCCCGCCAUCAGCAGCAACAACAUCAACCAGGAGCUGGGAGUGGCGGUCGGCCGAACAAACGGACCAGACCCGGACGCAAUAAACCAGGCCAACAACACGGAAAACCUGUCGCCGAAGAGAAUUUACCCGCCAGUUAGAGUCAAGGUUGAGAUAAGCCGACCAUGUGAAGAUUCCCUUAUUUGCCCUUUGUAAGGAUGUACAAAUAAAGGCCAAUUUAUCACAAAAGACCAGCGGUAUUAACCCACUUGCGGGCAAUAAAAGAUUAGCUAUCCGAAGAUAAGCGCGGUCUUUGUAUAAUUCUUCUUUAUAGAACUCUUCUCAAACUCACAGUAGAUGCUCUUCGGACAUAUACAUUCAAUUUGAAUCUGAAGUAAUCUUUAAGUAAAAAGUUUAAUAAGCAAGAAUAUUAAUAUUAAUAUUAUUAAGCAAUAUUAAUAUACAAGUAGGAGAGGAGGAAUGUAAAUGAUUAUCGUUAAUUUCGUUAAGUUAUUAUUGCUAGGAUUUAGACUUCGUUUUAGCUUAGUAUGUCAAUGACCCCAAGCUUUUUAUAAAGUUAAAAGUUAUGCUCACAUAAUAUUAUACAGUCUCUAUACCUAGGACAAUAAACAAUACUUUGGGUGUUCCCUUAUUAGUUGAAAUUCGAAA